ACAUGCAUUUUGUUAGAACAUUGAAGAAAAUUAACUUCCUAGUUAAGUUACUUCGAUUUUAGCGUUCAAACUGUAGUUUAAUUGCACUGAAAUGAAUGGGACCAAAAUUCCAAUGAGAUGUUGACUGGAAAAGUGUUUCUAGUUUGGAUGUUUAAUGCAGUGUUUGGGUGGAAGUGUCCUAGUGAUGUGGAAAUUCAAAGAAUUUACGUCAAAAGUGAAGAACAAGCCGUAAUAAGUUUUCAGACUAAAAUUAAAUCAUAUGAUCGACAAAUGCUGUAUAGUGUCGCAUCAUUUGAGCAAUAUAAGCUUUACAAUGCAGUGUUCUACAAUAAUAUUUUUCGAAGUGAGGUAUCAUAUAUGGGUUCAGAAUUUAUUGGAGAUGCCAACACCGGAAAUUUCACAGUUAAAACGGCAAGUGUGAUGAAACAAGAUGGUGGGACAUAUAUGCUGGUAUAUAAAGAAGGAACGGCAGAUAUAAAUACAGAACAAUGUGCUAUGCUAUAUAUUUUAGAUAAACCAAAAAAGGCGACUGUUUAUCAUGACAGUAUAAAUAUCCAAGGAAAUAAUAGUACCUUAACAUGUAACAGCAUUUCUACAACAUACCCGACAAACCACACACUAGGUCUCACAUAUAAUUGGAAAAUCAACAAUGUAACAAAUCCUUCCAAUGCUAGAUACGUAUAUUCGUCAAAUAGAAAGACAGUAUUUAUCAAAUCUGUCGGUAAAGAAGACGCCAACACGAGUUUAACGUGCAGCGCUGCUGAAUCUGGUGAUGGAGUUAUGGGGUAUACAUCAGACGAAAGUGAAAUGUCAUUUUUUGUUGUUAUUUAUGGACCUGACAAGUGCGAAAUCAAUACAACAUCUCCAUAUGUAAUAAUGAAAGGAGAUACUACUCAGACAAUCAAAUGCAAAGCAGACUGUUACCCGUCAUGCGCAUGCGUUUGGAGAAAUGAAUCUUCAGGAAGUAAAAUUGGAGAAAACGGACGUUUUGUUAUAAGGACAGUCUCAAAAUACCAAACCGGGAAUUAUACAUGUACCUGCACGAAUUCAGCAAAAGACAAGAUCGCGACUGAGCAAACUUCUUCGUUGUAUAUCAAAGUUGAAUAUAUAGACUUUUUCAUAAAAGGAAAGGAAGGCCAAACAGCAAUCACACUUGAUGAAUACACAGCGGACGUAAACUUCAUUUGUGUAGUAGAUACUUAUUGGGAAUCAACAGUCCAAAUAUUGUUUGAAGACAAAGUGAUUCAACAGCAAUUUGAUACAGGCAUCGCUUCCUUUAUUUAUAAGAGCAUGAACUGUUUGCAUUCUGGCAUGUAUGUGUGCAAUGGGGGUAACAAUCAUGGAGGAACAUUUAGCGCAAGCAUACGUAUAUCUGUUAGAUGCUCUCCGCGUUCGAAUCAGCAAAUCAAACAGAAUUUCACAAGUUCAAUGUAUAGUAUGUCGACUCUGAGUUUUACCGCAAUAGCAUACCCGGAACCCGGACCAAAAGGAUUUGUCUGGCACAAAGAAAACAGUUUGCGUUGGGAGAAGCUUCUAAGUAACACAGAUAUUCAAAUAUCUUCGUCUUUGUUACAGUCUAACCUUACUAUCCGGAAUGUGACCUCAUCUGACUACGGGCAUUAUCGUGUGACAGUUACAAAUGACAUAGAUAGCUUUACACAACACCUAUAUCUUGUAGAAACAGAUAAUAGUAAAAGAUCACCAAUUGCAGAUAAUUCUGGUACAGACACAGGCGGCCAAACUUGGAUGAUAGUAGGAAUAAUAUUCGGGUUAUUAAGCGCAGUUUUGAGUGGCUAUGCAAUCUUUGUUACAAUUCUACUGAGGAGGACUAACAUCAGAAAAGGCGAGGGGGAAUCAGCUGGAACGACUGAUCCUGCAUAUUACGAAAAAGUAGAGGAAGAUUCGAAAACUGCUGAAAAUCGGAGAGAACCAGGUUCUUCAAACACGGACGAGUACGAAAACUCUGUAAAAAUGUACACGGAUCUUGUGCGAUAUUCGAAGGACGAUAAACAAACUUACGACAUCAUUCAAAGCAAUAAAUGAAGCACUGGAUUGACAGCCUAAUUAUUAAGAUAUUUGAAUUAAACAUUUACCAAAGAGGCGAUGCUAAUCAUUGUUAUAUGUAAGUAAAGCAAAGAAAGGUGGAUAAAAGUCAAACGCGUACAGAAAUGAUGAAACAUCGAAAUUCUCACCGUGAAAUGCAACCAUAUUCUUAAACCAAAUAAUCAAACAGAGUCUGAAAUUUUCAUGUAAUUUUGUGUGACUAAUGCUUCCGAGGGAUAACCCUUCUUCGAGAAUUUUAUUCGUUAGGCUGAUACGUUGAUACAGGACUAUGCAUUUUUUUUUAUACAUUUGCAAUGUAUACCUGUAUACUGAUGCAUAAAUAGGUUUAUUGUAUAGUGUAUAUCAUUCUCUGGCCUUGACAUUACGUGUUGUACAUCAGUAGCUUUAUACUAUGUCUUAUUCUCUACCUUGUUGUACAAUGUUCACUAUUUUGCUAUUGAAUUGGAUAUUUUUCUUUGUGACACUAUAUAAAUAACACAUGGGUUUGUGGGUAACAGUUAAAAUAUCAUCCGACGAAAAUACUGUUACCCGAGGCGGGCGUUACUGUAGGCCUUCUUGAGAAGUUAUUUUCCGUUUAUUCUUUAAGCAAGUGAUGGUAUAUACUAGUCAUACACAUACAAUAAGCUGUGUUUUAUUUCGAAAACAAAACACAAACUCAUUUAUAUGUUAUGAUCUGUGAAAUCUGAUCCUUCUAUGUCCAGAAUAUUCUUCGCAUGGUUUCUGACGAAGUGUAUUUACAAAUUAACGAUUAUAUCCUAUGAAUGUCGACCAUAUCCAUAAUAUUCGAGAAAAAAUGAAUCGAGAAAAAAAUUCGGCCAUUUUAAUUUAUUUUAUUAAGAAAAAUAGACCACGUGACCAGAUUUUACACUGUUAAAUAGUACUGUUACCUAUGUAACAGUAUAAAUUCUGAGUCACGUGGCACAUGUACACUUGCAUUAACAGUAAGAAUAACUCUAAGAGGCCUAUGGGAAAUUAACAUUACGAAAAAAGUGAGGGGUAAUAAAACAAAAUGUAUAUCGUUUUGAUAUUGUAUAAUGUAUUUGGACCGAUGGCCUGGAAUAUUAGGUUAAAGAAAUUGUAUGAACUUGUAUUGUCAUUCGAAAAUCUGUUUUGAAAUGUUCAAUUUUCUAAAAACUAUUAAUUUCCAAUCUCAAAUUAAAAGCAUAUUGACUCAAAAAUAAAAAUAUGUAAAAAAAAUCGAGACAGUUAGGUAGCAAAGUGAUAAAUAUUCAAGUUGUAUGAAUGCAUGGAAAUGAUCCUGUAUGCUUAACAGUGGACUCUUGAGAAGAUGCCGGAAAUGGCAAUAA